AGAUAUCCAGUAACACUCUGCAGAAACAAUGCUUAUGGCCUCAUUUACAUUUUCAGAACACUGUGAGACAGUCUUGCAUGUCGAAACAGCUGCGUUGACCUGUCAGUAGCUUUUGUCAACAACUGUACCUGGGUGAGUAUGUGUGGGGAGAGAGGGAGAAGGAGGAGGCAGACGGAGAGACACAGACGGAGAGUCAGAGAGUGAGAGAGAGUCAGAGAGGGAAGGACAAAGCUAUUUCUGCUUGUGAAGUGAGCUUAAUCCUGCAUUUUUGCUUCUAGAAGUUUUUAUCGAGCUGCCUCACCAUGAACCUCUCAGAGCAGAGUUCAUUCCUCUUCAGCUGUAAUGUCAGCCCAAGUGAGACACCAAAGCUUAAUAUCGGUAUUACCAAAAAUGAGCCGCUGGCAAUCGCUGUCCCCAUGACCAUCUUCUACAGCAUCAUCUUCUUGUGUGGAGUCUUAUUUAAUGGUGUGAGCAUACUGACCCUCCUCCUGGAUGCUCAUAUGAAAGUCAGUGCCAUUCGUUUCUACCUCCUCAGCCUGGUCGUAUCAGACAUUUUGCAGCUGUUGACCAUUCCAGUAACUUUGUAUCGGUACUACUGGGAGAACUACCCGUGGCGUCUGGGUCAGGUGGCAUGCAAGGUCUACUUCAUGAUCCGCCAAGUGUACUGUGCCACCACAAGCUGGGUUAUUAUGACUUUCACCACUGAGCGCUAUGCAGCCAUUUGCCACACCAUGUGGUCUGUCUCCAGCCUGAAGAAGUCUCGGCUGCCAUGUCUUUUUUCAGUAUGGAUAAUUUCUCUGGCCUCAGCAAUACCCUUUGCUCUGGUCUAUGACCAGGCUACUGCCUGCAUUCUGGACUACACAGCCACCAAACAAGAAGACGCCUUACAUGUCUCCAUUAUGUGUGAGAUGACAGAACCAGAUCCUGCACACAUCUAUAAAGGGGCUUUACUCCUGAGAGCGGGGCUCUUUUUUCUGGUCCCAUUGGUCUCUGUCUUUACUCUCUAUCUGCUUAUCCUGCUCUACCUGAAGAGGAAUGGGCGUCAAAGGAGAAAUAUGGGUCUCACUCGUCCAGAUCCAGAAGUAGGACGAUAUAUUCAGUGCCAUCAGAAUGGGAAGCUACUUUUGAAUGAAAAGAGAGCUCUAAAACUCAUGGGGGCAGUCGUGGUGUCCUUUUUUGUUUGCAACUUUCCAGACAUUGCCUCCUCACUGAUGCAGGUCUAUGUGGUUGUGUGGUCUGACACUGUCCUUUCUGUCUACACAAUCCUGAAAACCUACUUGUCACUUCCACUGUGGUAUAUCAAUGGUGCUCUAGACCCACUGCUGUUCUGUAUGUCCUCCCACACAUUUCGCAGGGCAUGCUGGAGAACUCUGAGUAGCCUCAGGCCUCGCUGCUACUGGAAGUAUGGGGAAAUGUUUUGGCUGCGAAAAAGAAGUUCUAGUGAAGAAGCAAGCACAUCAGCCAGAGAGAGGAUUGAUGGUAAAUGCUCUACAGAGAUGGUGGGCAAAAAAAAAAAUACAGUCACUAACAAAUCAGAUCAGAGCGAUGGAGACAUGAAUGCUCCUUUCAACAUGGCCAGUGACAACAAGAACUCUACUCACACUAUUAAAGAGUGAGAUUCCAAAACAUUUUUCCCUGUAUUUUUCUGUUAUUGGUGUAAGAGUUUCUCAGAGUGUUAAUGAAAUAAUUUUGUGUUUUGUGUGAAAAUACUGUAAAAAUCUUUACUGUGCUGUGGAGUUUAGCUGUAUUGGGAUGUCAAGUAACAUUUCUCUUCUCUUGAUAUAUGUCUAGUGUUUAAAAGCUUGAAUUACUAUCUAUCUAUCUAUCUAUCUAUCUAUCUAUCUAUCUAUCUAUCUAUCUAUCUAUCUAUCUAUCUAUCUAUCUAUCUAUCUAUCUAUCUAUCUAUGUCUGUCUGUCUUUUGACAGGAUAGAAUGUGACUUCUCUCACAUUUCUGUUUCAAUUUUUAAUAUAUAAUUCUGUUCUCACACUCAGCAUUACAUUGUAAAAAAUAGAUAUGAUUGACAAUGUGUGGCUGAAAUUAUGAGUUAGAAAAAGAAAUGGUAGAAAUCCAGCAGUGUACAGGUGUUUUUCAGCCUUAAGUGUGAGAAAGAUUUACCCACAGACACAAACAACAGUGAUGUAUCUAGUCUACUACUGCCUUUGUAAACUUUGUAUGUCUUUGUUGUCAUAAAUCAGUCAAAUUAAUUUGAACUUGCCUUUAUAAAUGACUCCUGUGGUAUGUUAAA